AUGGAGCGUGAAAUGGAUGCUACGGUCGCGCAUCAGUCGCUUGAUUCGCCUGAUCUCGCCAACAAGAAAAGAGACAUCGCUGGAGGCCCGCUGGUCGACAAGUCCAACAUCGGCGUCCUUGGGGAUGAAAAGGCCCAUCAUACGUCCUCGACAGGCACGCCCUCGGAGAAGGGCAUUGGCAUCUCUGCCGAGGGUGACGAGCCCUUUGGCGGCGACAUCCCCACUGCAGAGGAAAGGCGCACUCUUCGAAAGGUCGGCGAGCCGCUUCCCAAGGCUGCCUUCCUGGUCGCCAUUGUCGAACUCUGCGAGCGCUUCACCUACUACGGCGCCUCUGGUCUCUUCCAGAACUACAUCCAGCGACCUCUGGAUGGCAGUGAGGGCCGCGGUGCCCUGGGAAUGGGCCACAAGGGCGCGACUGGUCUGAAUACUUUCUUCCAGUUCUGGUGCUAUGUGACGCCCAUCCUCGGUGCGAUCAUCGCCGACCAAUACCUCGGAAAAUACAACACUAUACUCUUGUUCUGCUUCGUGUACAUCGCCGGCCUGCUCAUCCUGACCACGACAUCCAUCCCGGGGGCUCUCGCGAACGGCGCCGGCCUUGGUGGUUUCAUUGUGUCGGUCAUCGUCAUCGGACUCGGCACCGGUGGCAUCAAGUCCAACGUCGCGCCCUUGAUUGCAGACCAGUACAAGCGGCGGCAGAUGAUCAUUAGCCACGACUCGAAGACGGGCGAGCGCAUCAUCAUCGACCCGGCCAUCACCAUCCAGCGCAUCUACAUGAUCUUCUACUUCUGCAUCAACCUGGGCUCGCUGUCGCUCAUCGCGACGCCCUACAUGGAGCGCGACGUCGGCUUCUGGUCUGCUUUCCUGCUGUGCAUGUGCAUGUUCCUGGUGGGUACGCUCGUGCUUGUUCUCGGCAGGAAGGUGUACGUGGUGCGCCCGCCGCAGGGCUCUAUCAUCACUGAUGCGUUCCGCGUCAUCUUUAUGAUGAUCAAGAACCGCAACAUGGACGGCGCCAAACCGUCGUACCAGGCCGCGCUUGGCAAGAACAGCAAUCUGCGCUGGGACGAUCACUUCGUGGAGGAGGUCAAGCGCGCGCUGGUUGCGUGCCAGGUCUUUUGCUUCUACCCUAUCUACUGGGUGGUGUAUGGCCAGUUCUCCAACAACUUCGUCACUCAAGCCGGCCAAAUGCGCGGCCACGGCAUCCCGAACGACCUGAUGCAGAACUUCGAUCCGAUCUCCAUCAUUGUCUUCCUCCCGAUAAUGGAUCGCUUCGUGUUCCCCGCGCUGCGCAAAGCGAGGAUCCCCUUCCCGCCCAUCAACCGCAUCGUCGCCGGGUUCUGGAUCGGCUCGCUGGCCAUGGCGUACGCUGCCGUGAUCCAGUACUACAUCUACUCGCGGGGGCCCUGCUACGAGCACCCGCUCUGCGACGCGAGCAUGGUCGACGGCGUCGCCCGGGGCAACAACAUCCACAUCGCCGCACAAACAGGGGCGUACUGCCUAAUCGGCAUCUCGGAGAUCUUCGCCUCAGUCACCGGGCUCGAAUACGCGUACACCAAGGCGCCGCCGAGCAUGAAGUCGUUCGUGCAGUCCAUGUUCCUGCUGACCAACGCCUUCGGCAGCGCCAUCUCCGAGGCACUGAACCCCGUGCUGUACGACCCGGCCAUCCAGUGGAUGUUCGUCGGGCUGGCGGUCGCGAGCUUCGUCACCGGCUGCCUGAUCUGGAUUAUCUUCCACCAUUUGAAUGCCACUGAGGAGGAGAUGAAUGCGCUGGAUAAGGACUACGAUGAGGAUCCGACGUUGAGGAGGAGCAGUGUGCAUGGGGAUCGGACGGUGGGGCUGCAUCAUGAGGAGAAGGCUUGA